AUGAAGGUAAAUAAUGUAACUUGCAUAAAUUUAAAUAAAAGUAAAGUGGAAGAAAAUGAAUUAUGUACAAAAAUUAAAAAUAAUGAAAAAUAUUAUAAAGAAUCAAAUAAUUUUGAAAAAGAUGAAAAUAAAAAUAAAAGUAAAUUAAAUAGAAGAACAAGUAAUGAAGAUAUAAGAGAUAAAAAAAAAAAGACUAAAUUAAUAAAAGUGAAUAAAGAGAAUGAAGUAUAUGAUAAUAUAGAAAUAAGUAAAAAAAAUAAUGUGAAUGAAAAAAAAGAAACUGAUAAUGGAAUAAUUAAAAACAAAAGAAUGUCAAUAGAUGUUAAUACUGUCGAAAAAAAUAUAGAAAAAAUAGAAAAUUCAAUAAAAAAAUUAGAUGAAAUAGAAAAAAAGCUUAUUGAUGAUAUAAAUGAAUGUGAUAAAUAUAUAGAAUUUUAUGAUAAAUCUAAAUCACUUUUAGAUUCGAAAGAUUUUAAAAGUGAUGUGGGAAGAGAAGAAGAAAUAAAUGAAAUUAGAACUAUCCUAAAAAGAUGUUCAACUAAUUCAGAAAGUGAAGGAAUAUUUUUAACAGGGCCAAGUGGUCAAGGAAAAACCUAUAGUAUAUUUUAUAUAAUUAAUGAAAUAGAAAAAGAAAAAAAACAAAAAAAAAAAGAAAAAAUAGAAUAUUAUAAAAAUAUUGAUUCAUCAUACUUUUAUGUUUCCUGUUCUAAUAGCGAAAAACCAUAUGAUAUUUUUGUUGAUAUUUUACAACAAAUUACGAAUAAAGACAAAAAACAUAUUUUCAAUAAUGUUAAGCAAAAAUAUCAUUUAAAUGGAUUAGAAGAAGUUAAAAAACUAUUCAUUAAUUACACUAGUAAAUUAAGUAAUUUAAAAAUAGUAAUUGUAGAUGAAUUAGAUUUUAUUGCUUUGAAAAAUGUACGAAUGGAAUUAAGAGCAAAAAUACAAAGUAAAAAUUAUAAUGAAGAUGUAGUUAAAGCUUUAUAUGAAUGCAUUCAAAAUAGCAAAUGUAAAAUAAUAUUAGUAGGUAUUGCCAAUAGUUUAGAUUUAAUAAAAGAUUAUACUCAUAUAAAAAUUAAUCAAAUUAUUUAUAAACCAUAUAAUGAGAAACAAUUUAUGAGUAUUAUUAGAAAUAAAUUAAACACCUUAGAAAAUGAAUUUGUUAAUAAGAUUUUUAAAGGAGUUUCUUUAAAUAUACAUGUUAGACAAAUUUCGAAUAGAAAUGGUGAUAUUAGAUCAUGUUUUGAUGCCAUUUUAAGAGUUUUUUCUGAUAAAAAAUCCGAUUUAGAUGAAAGAAAAAAAAAUUUAAUUAAAUUAAAAGAGGAAAUUUUAAUGAAUAAAAUUUUUAAUAAACAAGAGAAAAGAAAUUUAUGCCUUUUAUUAAAUAAUCAGAAGGAUGAUAAAAAAAAAAAUGAAUCAAUCUUCACUGAUCAAAAAUCUUCAAGAGAAGAAAUUAAUGAAUUAGAAUUAUCUACCAACAAAAGAUCAAAUUUCAAAAAAAGAGAAAAGGAUGAUAAGAGUUUGUUAAGUAGAGCAAGCAAAAAAUCAAAAAUGGAAAAUAAUAAUACUAAUGAAAGUAAUAUUUAUAAUGAAGAUACAAAUGAUACAUUUUUCCUUGAGAAAAAUGAAACACCAUUACUUAAUAAUAGGGGUUAUAAGAUGGAAAAUAAAUUCAAUAAUGAUACGCAAAACUUAAAGUUUACUGACUUAAAAAAUGAAAAUACUUUUGGUUAUGAAACUUUAAGAAAGGAAGUUAUAAAAAUACAAAACAAUAAUGAAACAUUAAGUGAAAUAUUAAUAAGAAAAAAUUUUAACGCAAAUGAUAACGAAUCAUUUUAUGAUUAUAGUCAAUAUACACCUAAACAGUAUUAUGAAAGCCCAUUUAAAGUAUUAUAUAAAAAUGAAACUGAUAAUAAAAUUCAUUCUUUUAGAGAUAAAGAUGAUAUACUUAAUAAUAUAAAUGUAGAAAAAUUAGAAUCUUUUGAUAAAAUUAUUGAAAACCAAAUUAAAAAUAUAGAAAGCAAAUAUGAAGAAUUUUUAUCUACAUCGAAUAACAAUACAGUAAUGAUAUCAGAUAUAAAAAAAAUUACAGAUAAAAUGCCCUUAGAAGAACAUAAAGACAUUUUAUUUAAAAUUAAAAGUUUACCAUUAAUUCAAAAGAUAUGUCUGUAUGCUUCAUGCAACGUAGUAAACAAUACACAUCUUAAUUUAAAUGAAGAAUCUCAAGAAGAUUUAUUAAAAAAUGAAAUUAAAAAUAUUGAAAUAACUUAUUCUGAUAUACAAAGAUGUUUUCGAGAUGUAUGUAAUCAAUUAUCAGAAACCUCUUAUAUAAAAGAUAUAUUAGAAGGAAAUUCCAUUGAACAAGCGAUUGAACACUUUGAAGAACUUGGUAUUUUAAUAAAUUCUAAAAAAAAUCAAAAAAAUAAAGAAAAGAAUAUAAAAAUACCAAAAGGUCUAACACCUAGAUUUGCUAACAAAAAAAAUAACAAAAAUUUUUCAUCACAAAGUAAAUUAAAUUCUAUUUAUUACUUUAAUCUUCCUGUUUGCGUUAUUAAACAAACUUUAAGAGAAAUAUCUUCUAUUCUUUCAAGUCUUGAUGGAAAUGCUAAUUUUUAG